CUUUCGUGUAUGUGCGAAAACUGGUGAAAACAAGCCUUGUUUGGUACAGCUAAGACGACAUGAGUAUGAGGAUUACUGUUGUUGGUAUUAAGUUAUCGAUAGAAAUUAAUAAUUCGUUAUAAUUUAUAAUACCAAAAUGCCUGCAACCGCUUUACACAAAUUUAUAACGUUGAUGGGACUAUUGUCAAUAUUACAUACAGCAUAUUCGGCUGCCCAACAUCGUUCGUAUUUACGGAUAACUGAACAGGAAUUCAUUACCUUACCAAUUGAUAUUUUAAUACAAGGCAUUAUCAGUUUAUUUAUGGUUAUGUAUGGAGUAAUGUAUAUUGCCGGUGACUUUAAGGAAAUUCGAGCAGUGGUUGAUUUAGAAAACAAAUCGUGGGAAACAUUAAGAAAUCUUCCAUCAUUUCAAAUAUUCAGUCAUCGUGGAAGAUCUUUAUCUUCUUGAUGCAUGCAGUGAAUCUUAUAAAUGUUUUUAUUAUUAAUUUUUGGGGGAGGCACAAUAAUAUAAUUAUUCAAUAAGUAGUACAUUCUAAUGUAUGGAAUUGUGUAAUUUAAGUAAUUAUUUAUUAUUUGAUCUUAAUUUUAUUACAUUUAUAAGAAAUACGAAAAGAUAUUUGUGGUAAUAUAGUAUGAAUUUUAAAUCACAUAUUAAAAUGUGUGAAUGUACAUAUUGUUUCUAAUAGAUGUAACAAUAGAAUACAAAUGAAAUAAAUAUUAAAACUUUGUGUUUUCUUA